GACAUUGAAGUAAUGGAGGAUUUAGAUAAUGGAAAGCCGCCUUGACCUGAAACUUUUUUUUAAACUUUAACUCGGGAAUAUGAUUUGUUAUAACGGAAGAGUUGUAUUUUUUCACCACCUCACUUAAUAUUCCUGUUUUACAUUUGUAGACUCUAAAAGCCAAACUCCUUAAUUGGAGAAAAUGAAAACACACACAGGUAGUAGGUUGUAACCUCAGCAAGGAAUGUAUUCUUUUCUUAAAGUUCUUUUCUACAACCAUCUUUGUUCUUUAUGUAUUCUAUUUGUUACUUCGGAAUCCUUCCAGAAUGGUUGCUUUUCAACUUUGAGGAAUAAAAGAUGACCUCCAAUUUGCUUUCUCCUGACGCUAUAAAGAUUAUAAAUGCAUGCAUGCCAUCUCUGUGGUUCUGCAAUUCAGAAGACCUGGUACAUCUUAUUGUACUCUUGACACAGAUUUUCGUGGUUGCGAAAACACAAGUAGACAUGGCAAACGUAAGCUUUCUCGAUUUCCAUUACAAGAUUUCGAAGAAUAAGUUUCUGCGGAAGCCAUCUCGGCUAUUUUCUCGAGACAGGCAAAAUUCUGGCUUGUUACCCACAUUCAUGCCAAACAGAAAUGAGAUGAAAAAAGUGUUUGAUAAAAUUGAUUCCAACAAAGAUGGGAAAAUAUCCCAGUCGGAGUACAAGGCAAUUCUGAGAGCUCUAGGACAGGGAAACAUAACUGCAGAAGUUCCGAAAAUCUUCCAGGCGGUUGAUCAGGAUGGAGAUGGUUAUAUUGACUUUAAAGAGUUUACGGAAAUACACAAGAAGGGAGGAGGGGUUAGAACAAUGGACAUACAGAGUGCAUUUCGGGCAUUUGAUAUGAACCACGAUGGGAAAGCGUUAACAAGAAAACUGUUAUCCAAUGCACCUAAAGUCAAACUCUGCACUCCUCCAUUAGUAAACUCCUAA